AAAUCGACUUUCGCUCAUUGAUACCCGCAUUGCUUAUUGCAUACGUCCACUCUUUCGACAGCAACGAAGUAUAUACUCUGCGAGAUCAGACUAAGAACACCCUUUGUCAAACACACUUAGACAAUCGUAAACCGCAAAUAAUAUCAAGAUGAAGUCCGCAACUGUAGCUUUCGGCCUCUUCGCCGGUAUGGCCUCGGCUUCUUACCACCAACCCCGUCAUUUCCACUGGCGACGAAAUGAUACCGCUCCCGGGUACCCCGUUGAAUCUUCAACCACCCUAACCGUCGCCAUUACCACCGUCCACACCAUCACCUCGUGCGCCCCUACUGUCACGAACUGCCCGGCUGCCACCGGCAACAGCACCGGCCCCGCUGUUGUCACCGAGGUCAUCGACCUCACUACCACUGUUUGCCCUGUGACUGCUAUCGAGUCCGUUUCCAAGUCUAUAGUCGGUGCUCACAGCAGUGGUCUCAUCCCCGGCUCCACCCGCACCGUCACUUUUACUCCCGCCCCUACCACCUCCACCAGUGGCAACUCUCCUGAGGCUACCCAGCCCAGCAAUGGCGCCGGUGUUUCUGUUUACCCUACUAUCAGCACCGUUGACCAGACCGUCAGCAUCACUGUCGGCCCUGAGAGCUCUCGAUCUGUUCUGGUCACCACCCUAAAGUCCACUCUUACCCAGAUGGUUACCGUUACUGCUGUUCCUAUCCCCGAACCUAGCUCAGGCAGCGGUAACAACAACAAUGGUAACGGCUCUGGUUCCAGCUAUGAAGUUAGCAGCGAGGCCACUACCACCACGACCCGAACUUCCACCGGUACCCGCACCGUCACCGUUACUCCUGUCGAGACCGCCACUGCCACUGGCGUCAAGGCCGAGGAGACUGGCUCUGGUAACAGUUCCGGCAAUGGUAACGGCAACGGCAACGGCAACGGCAACGGCGCUGGUGAGUGCGUUGCUACCACUGUCACCGUUACCGAGACCCAACCCGCCAGCACGGUCUACAUUACUGCCCCUGCUGCUGAGCCUACUGGUGCUAAGGCCGUCACCUCCGAGUCUGCCCCUUCAUCUGCCCCCGCGUCUGUCCCCGCUUCUGCUUCCGAGUCUGCCCCUGCUGCCACUACCAGCACCCCUUCGACCGGCAACACCGGCAGCGGUGAGGGUGAGGGCGAGGGCGAGGGCGAGGGCGAGGGUGAUGACUGCCCCCCUGAGGAGAGCGAGACUGGCGUCGUAACUGCUACUGCCACCGCAACUGUUGUCCCCUACCCCACUGGCAGCGGCAACGGAAAUGGAACUGCACCUAUCUUCCCUACUGGCACUGCGCCCAGUGUCCCUAUCGGCACUGGCUCUGCCCCUAGUGCCCCCAUUGGUACUGGCUCUGCUCCCAGUUACCCAACCGGCACUGCCAUCCCCACCGUCAUCCUCCGGUAAAUCGACGCACGUUCUGCUCUGUAAUUACAAUACCCCGAACUGUAGCAUAACAUGACGAGGGACGACUGCACGACACGUUUUUGAAGCGCCGUUUCAUGGCGUAGAAGAAAUAGAGCAAACAUUUUCCUAACUUUUCGGAUCAGUUUCUACAAGAAAGUGUCUUGGAUUACGCGGUCUUGGCUGAUUCUCGAAUCCCCGUUUCCGGUCUGGUCGCUAGGAACGUGGGAAGAAGGCUGAUUGGUAUCUUCG